AUGGGAAGCCUCGGCAGCCUCGGGGAGCCGCAGGGCGGGAGGCGGCGGCCGCGGUUCCUUUGUCCUAUCUCCCACGAUAGCGGCGGCGCGGACCAGAUCCGGCCCACACCAACCGCGGCAGCGCCCUCACCAACCUCUCUCCAUCCUCACCGGUGGCGGCACCUACCUCUGAGCCCCCAGCAGCAACGCCCUUUCAACCGAAGCGACGAGGGACACGAGGAGUCUGGAUCUGCUGAAUGGCAGCGAGAAAUUGAUGCAUUGUAUGGAUAUUACAAGGAGGUUUCUGGUCAUCAGCUGAAUCCAAAGGAGCUUUCAUGCAACACAAAUGACUCGAUUAUAGCAUGCUUGCUGGAGGGCAGUCUUUCUUGUGCCAAGUUAACAGAUGAAAUCUACAAGAGGAUGAAGUUGCAAGAUGGUGUCACUGAGUCUUUCUGCUAUGGAUAUCGAUGGUCUGGAGGAUGA